AUGGACAGAGGAGAUGCUUGGAAAGAUGAUCAACGUGCAUACAGUCCUGGGCACAUCAAAGCUGGUUGCAGUGUUAUUAUUGCCUCUCGUAAAUUUGACCGAUUAAAAGCCACCGCAGAAGAGCUGAAUAAUAAAUUUUCUUCCAUGAGUCCUGCCAAAGUGACUCCUAUACAGUGCAACAUCCGGAAGGAAGAGGAGGUAGAAGCUUUGGUGAAGUCUACGCUGAAUCUGCAUGGGAAGAUUGACUUCCUGGUGAACAACGGAGGAGGCCAGUUCAUGAGUCCUACUGAAGCCAUCCGUGCAAAAGGCUGGAACGCUGUGAUAGACACUAAUCUGACAGGAACCUUCUAUUGCUGCAAAGCAGUGUACAAUGCCUGGAUGCAGAAACAUGGAGGAGUCAUUGUCAACAUUACUGCUGCUGUGAGAAAUGGCUUUCCUGGAAUGUCGCAUACAGGAGCUGCAAGAGCUGCAGUGAAUAACCUCACGAAGACUUUAGCGUUAGAAUGGGCCCACAGUGGAGUAAGAAUCAACAGUGUUGCUCCUGGAAUAGUAUUUUCAGAAACUGCUGUUGCAAACUAUGGAGAGCAAGGUGCGAUAAUGUGGUUAAAGAACAUCCCAAAGGUUCCUGCCAAGAGGUCAGCAGUUCCUGAGGAGAUCUCUCCUGCAGUGUGUUUCCUGCUGUCUCCAGCUGCUUCUUACAUAACUGGAAUAACGAUGGUUGUGGAUGGUGGCCAAAGUUUAUAUAGCAGUAACCUAGAAAUACCAGAUCACGACAAAUGGCCCCCACUACCAGAGGGAAGAAAUUCUGAAAUGCUUAAAAAGCUUCUUUCUGGCGAGUUCAAGCCAAAGCUGUAACAGAAUGAAACUUCACCCUAUCCCCAGAUGGACGUUUGCUGAUAAUCUCGCUUUGUGACUUGAAUUUUUAAUUCUCAGUAAUGUGAAUUUCUUGCUCAUACGUAACCACGCUGAGUGCCUUGAUUUUCAUCCACUUAUGUGUAAAAAAUAAAAGGCUAUACGCAAUAAGUUUUAUCCUCUGAAAGUACUCACUCUGUCUUGGAAAGAAGGUGUGAUAGCUUCAACAGUUUAACAUACAAAGUCUUGAAGCUUGUGGUGUAGUAGCAUCAAUCAAAUAGAGCUUCAUAGUUAAAUCCCAGUUUCCUGUUUUGUCAUGUUAACCCAUAAUCAUUUUGUAUGGAAGCUUAAGGCAUGCUUUAUAAAGCUGAGUUGCAAGUCUCAUUGUGGAAAAAAAAACCUGACUAUUUCAAAUUCAGGGUUGUGUGGUUUAUCUUGUAACGUUAUACUGCUCAAAAAAAUAUAUUGCCUUGUUUUGUGCAGUAUCCUUUAUUGCUGAAAGAGAAACUCGGAAUCCUUCAUCCGUCCGUUAAAACGCUUUCUAUCCAUACAGUUUUCCAUUAACCAGAAAUAUUUUAAUACAUUACUUGAAGAUGCUGUAUCUGCUAUAUUAUUCACUUUAAGACAAACGUUCCCAGAUGUUUGAUACCUUUGAUCAAAAUUUAAAAAAUAGGUUAUGAUUUUUUGCUUGCUGUAACAACUGAAAUUUGUGGAAUCGAGUUGCUGCUACAGAAGCGACCUCAUUAAUACUUAAAUUUGGAAUGAAUGUAGUCUUGGCCGUCUUUGCCAGCUGUUUGUUCUCUUCAAAGAUGUUUGACUUCUGUUUAAUUAAAAUGUCGGAAUUUACGUAGGUACAUGUAGAUUGCUUUAUGGUCAUGAAAAUUUGAAUGCCAGUUUUGUGGGGGAUGAGAAGUUUGAGCAUAAAGCUGAAAUGCUUUGUGUAAGACUUAUUCUUCUGAUAUAUCCUCUUUUCUUAGUAAUUGGACGAUCAUUUAUGUGGUUGCGAGGAACUUGUACAGAGAUGAAAUCAGCGUCUUCAAACCCCGUGUGGGUAUGUUUUGAUUAGUGUAUAUAUUAGUUCAGAGCAUGCAGCACGAGAAUUCCUGGAAGAAAGUGUACCUGUUAGGUAACUAAACUCUAGUAGACUAGCCCUUUGCAUUCAAGUGAAAUUGCUUGGUUUACUAAAAGAUUAUUUCUGCAUUCUUCACAUCUUUCUAUAGAAGGAGUUUAAACAUAGGUAAUCAGGCUUAAGACUCAUGGAAUUUACUUUCUCCUGUUGGCUGUCAGCUUCUAUGAUACAUGUAGACUGUAGAUUUGAGGUGAAAUGGAAAUGAUUUGAUGAAACCAAAUGACUUUUAAUAUAUCCCAGAACUGUUCUCUGCAGAAGUUGAACAUAAAACUGGAAAUAAUUAUUUCAUACUGUUGCAAAUCUUCUCUGUAACUUUGCUGGAGUCUGAAUGUCAUGAAGAGGAGAAGUUUAUGCCUAAGGAUGAUGAAACGCAUUAUUCAAGUCUGUGAAAUGGAACACUGGAAAGGUUACGUUCUCCUGUGUGGGAGACAUGUUCAGUCUGCAAUGAAUAAACUCCUCCGCAAGUAAGAACCGUAACAUAUCUUUCUGCUUGCACUGAGUACAAGGCAUGUUUAUUUGACCUUUAAUUCUUCAACUUCCAGGCAAAGCAAUGGGUGUCUAACGAAGAUCUAAGCUAGCAGAGGUACUUUCCUGCAUGUGCUUUUUAUGGCAAGAAGGUGAAACAACCAGCAUGUGUGGAGUCAUAAGGCACUGUGGCUUAGUGCAUUAGUAGAGUAUAUUCACAAUACUCUAGGGGUAAGUACAGUGUAAGAAUAUAGAAAAUGCAUCCUUGAAAGGGGAAACAUUAAAGUCUUCUCUGCAUUAUCUGCAGUCAUUUUUGAGUAAUAAUACUAAUGUGUCCUGUGUGCUGAGGCUUACUGUGAAUAUUAAAACACAUAUCACGUUGUAUUAGAUAUUUGGA